GUGGAGGCGAGUGCGAACGCGAACGAGAGGACGAGCGGGAACGCGAAGCAGAAUGGGAGCGCGGGGGUGUCCGGGAACGUGACUGCGAACGUGGAGGCGGACGCGCCGGCGACCCCGAAGAGCGACGCGUCCUCUCGUGCGCGCGCUGCAGCUGCAGCGGCCGCAGAGGGCGUAGCUGCAAAUGAGGCCUGCGCAGCGGCGUUGUCGGAGGCCGCAGUGUCGGCCACGACGCGCGUGACUGAGAACCCGAACGACUCGACGCGCCGUGUCGAGGUCGCCGAAAACCCGACGAGGACGAGGCAGCGGACGAAGUCGGAACAGGACGGGAGCCCGAAGGACCUGCUGGAGGGGAAGCGCCAGUCGUCGAGCCCGCCGUCGAAGCCGACGAGCCCGCCCGGGCACCAGAGCUCGACGCAGUUGGAGCAGGAACAGGAACCACGGAUGGCACAGGGACUGCUGCUGACCUUCGAGUCGCCUGACCAGGUCAGCGGUGUCGAUCUGCCCGCCUACACGCGUUACGACGCCGGCGAGACGAUCAGCAAGCUCGUCGCGCACCCGCCGCGCCAGCUCUCGGCCCCGACGCGCGUCUCAAAGCAUCCGACACCAAGUCACAGCGCGUUCGUCGCUCUCUCGGAUGGCCAAGUCGCGCUCCUCCUCCAGCUCGGCGACGCGAGCGCUGAGACGAUGGGUCUGGGCGCUGCCUGCUCCUCGACGCUGCUGAGACGACCGCCGCAUGGACAGCCACCCAGCUCGAUACUGCGCCGCGCGAGAUGUGGCGCAAAGUUCGCCGGCUUGUGCCCGCGCCAUCUCGGACUCGGCGGCCACACGGAGAGUCAGCGCGUUGACGCGCCGAAGGUCGUCCUGCAGCGGGACGUUCAGGUUCUGGGCCGCCUCGAUCUCCAUGCGGCUCUGAGAAAGCGACGCACGGGCCGCGCGGAGCUCUUCGUCGACAGGGGCGCGCUGCUGCUCCAGAGCGGUCAAGGCCUGACGAGCCUGAUCUCUCUCGGCGACGGCAGCGUCUCGCCGCUGCUCAAGGGCGGCCACGGCUUGACGUGCCCGGUCCCUCUCGGUGACAGCAGCGUCUCGCUCGCAUCUCAGGGUCGUGGAGGCGCGACGCACUUGAUCUCGCAUGUCGAGGGCCCCGUCACGCGCUUGCUCGACGACCAUGAGAACGCGGGUCACGCAGUCACGCUCGGCGAGAGCGGCGUCGCGCUGCUGCUCGGCAGUGGCCACGAGCUGCCGCAUGUGAUCUCGUUCAGCUUCGGCGGCGGCCACUCGCGCUUGGACAGGAGCGAGGGCAGCUUGGGCGGCUGCGAGGUCGACGCGAAGGUCGUCACGCUCGGUGCGCUAGCCUUGUGCAGCAAACUGCCGCGCUAG